UACGCUUCCGCAGAGGCAGGCGGCACGGGAGGCCGCGCCGCGCUUCGCCCCUAUGAAAAUUGCGUGUCCCAUAUGGAUGGCAACCCAUCGCGUUGGCCCAACGAGCCCGAGUCCCUUCGGGGCUCGGCGUAAGAUUCACGUGAACCCGGCUCAGGAUGAGCACAGGCGCCGACCGGAGUCAGGAAUCGGAAUACGUCGUGCCCGCCAAUAACUCGCAGGAAGUGCAGCCCUCCCCCUUGGCCCUGCUUGCGGCCACGUGCAGCAAGAUCGGCUCCCCGACGGACUCUCCGGCGGACGAAAGCAGCGGCGGCGACGGUGGCAAUGGCGACGCAGGCAACGGCGCCACCUCGCCUGCCAAGGCCACCACCGCCACGGUGCUGCCCUCUGGAGAACUGGUGGCACAGUACGUCCAGGCGGCCCCACAGACCGUGGGCAUCCUCAACCAGGACGGCACCGUCACACAGGUGUCGACGACGUCUCAAGCCGUCAAGGCGGCGCAGCAGGCGGUGUUCUCCCCCGGGACGCAGCUGGUGGCCCAGAUGACCCCAAGCGGGCAGAUCACGUACAACGCCAUGCCCCAGAUCCAGAACAUCCAGAUCGACGGCCAGGAAGCCAUCUUCAUCCCCGCGUCCUUUACGGGAGGACACCAGCAGGCGAUCCAGCUGACGGGGGCGGGGCCCACCCUGCUGGCCAAUCAGGGCUUCCUGAGGCCUCAGGCUACGGGCUUCACCCAGAACGUGGCCAUCCGCCAGGGGAACAUGGUGCAGACGCUGCAGCUUCCCAUCGCAGCUGCGGCGCCCAUGCAGCAGACCAUACCCAUUCAGGUCCCGAUCUCUACGGGCAACGGGCAGACGGUGUACCAGACGAUCCACGUGCCCGUGCAGACGAUGCAGGCAAUGGCACCCCAGGGCAACGUCUUGACGGCGCAGGGGCAACAGUUGGCCACUGCGCAGGUGGUGCAGCAGUUGGCGCAGAUGCAGCCCCAGAUGGCACAGCUCACGGCACAAGGUCAGCUUCAGCAGAUCCAAGUAACAGCCACGCCCACGGCCGCCCAGCAGCAGCAGGUGGUUCAGCGACAGCAGCAGCAGCAGGCCACCCCAGUGUCCUGGGCCGGCACCCAGAUGGUGAUGACCUCCGGGGACACGACCAUCACCACGACGAGCGGGCAGCAGCAGGGCGCCACCACGGUGCAGAGCAACAGCGGGCAGCAGCAGCAGCAGCAGGCGGCGGCGGCUGCCGUGGCCCAAGCUCAGGCGCAGGCUCAGGCACAAGCGCAGGCCCAGGCCCAGGCCCAGGCACAGGCUCAGGCGCAAGCUCAAGUGCAGGCGCAGACGCUGGCGGUGCAGCUGCCCUCUGGCCAGGUGGUCCAGGGCCAAGUGGGCCAGCUGCUGGCUGGGGGGGCGACAGCCUGGUGGCCCAUGGGGGCCAUCAACAUGUCCGGGCUGGCUGGGCUUAGGUCGCCCAACAUUAUACAGGUGCAGAGCUUGCCCGCCGCCAUGGCGGCGGCGACGGGGCUGCAGAUGCAAGGGGCGGCGCAGCAGCAGGGGGCGGCGCAGCAGCACCUCCUGGGGGGCGCCAUCCAGGCGCUGGGCAUCACCCCGCAGGGCAACGUGAUAACCUCUCCGCUUCAGGGGCCCCUCAGCCCCUUGCAGACGGUCCAGGCGGCCCUGGCCAACGGCCAGCUGGUCGCGCAGCAGUUUCAGCAGGACCCCAACGAUCCCACCAAGUGGCAGAUGGUGGCAGCGCAACCCAUGGGGACUUCCGUGUCCAGCGCCACCCAGCAGCACCUGCAGGCUGGACAACAGGUCCACCUGGUGCAGGCCCAGGCGUCGGGUCUGAACCCCGGUCAGAGCUCGGCGACGCCCAGUGAGGGGGGCUUGGAGUCCCCCGACCUGGCGGAGGGGGGCUCGCCGGGGGGAGACAGCGGAGGGGCCACGCCGGGCAACAACGCUGGGCUCAGGAGGCUCCGCAGAGUUGCAUGCACCUGCCCAAACUGCAGGGAGGGGGAGGGGAGGAGUAGCGAGAACAAGCGUCGGCAGCACGUGUGCCACAUAGCGGGCUGCCACAAGGUAUAUGGGAAGACGUCGCACCUGCGGGCCCACCUGCGCUGGCACACCGGCGAGCGGCCCUUCGUUUGCGAGUGGCUCUUCUGUGGAAAGCGCUUCACCCGCUCCGACGAGCUCCAGCGACACAAACGCACCCACACGGGUGAGAAGCGCUUCCAGUGCGCAGAGUGUCUGAAGCGCUUCAUGCGCAGCGACCACCUGUCGAAGCACCUGAAGACCCACCUGAGCAAGAAGGGCGCGGUCCCCGGCGGGAGCGCAGACGCCGCAGCGACGCAGCAGGACGAGUUUGCCCCGGACUCGUGCGACCUCGAGAUGUCGGUGGACGUGUCCGACCAUGACCUGUCCAUCAACGAGUCGGCCGUGGCGGACAACAACAACGCCGCCGCUGCAACUCACAUCCUCCCGGCGUGAUCGCGGGGGGACGCCAUCCGGCGUCUCCGAAACCGACCCGCCUUCCAGACGGCGGCAGCGUAGUGCCGGAUUUUUCCGUCGGGAAAUUCCCUGGGUGGACUGGCGCGUCCACUGGGCUACGAGGUACCAGAGCUUGAACCUUUGGUGCGGUAAAUGCAAGCGCGCGCUUGAACGCGCGAGACACCAGCACAAAAGCGGUCAAGAGCUGCUCCAGAUCCACCGGGGGAAUUGCCCUAGAACACUUGCUGGAGGCGGCGUAGAUAAUCCGGCAGUGCGACCCUGCCGUUUAGGAGGUCUUCGAAUCGCUUUCUCGAAGCUGGCGCUACCCUCUCCUCCCCGUUCCAAUGCCAUCAAGUGACACCGGAGAACCGUAGUCUCAAAACCGACAUCUGCUGGCACCGUCGCUGCUGUACGAACCGGCCUAUACGGCGCUAUAAUCGGACGAAACGGCAAACGUCGCCUUUCUCGAACGUUAAAGCCGUUGUAUCCCAUCAAUCUUGGGAAGAAACCUUUCCGGCGCCAAGUUCUUGUGGGCGGUGUCAAUAGAGUUAGUCAAGGAGUUCCAUCAAAAUCUUCAAAGCGAUGUCGCCAUUUAUUUAUAUUUUGUUUUUUCUUUCGUUGAUGCCAACUUUAUUGAGGAGGUGGAGGAGAGGAAAGGCGUUCGCGGUUUUGACGCAUUCUUCUUGAAACACGCCUGCAGAUGCACAACCAUAAAUUGGGAACGGCGCAGGUGGCUGGCGGAAACUUCGUCGAGAUUGGUGAGAGGUACUGCUUGCAAGCGAGUCUGUGCACAUGAAAGGAACGGAUACUUUCCUCGACAUUAACAAAUUAAUCGGUCGGAAAACUUUUAUUUUGUGUGAAAAUGAGGUUUCUCAUCUAUGGGUUGUGUGUUUGUAAGGUGGGGUGAAUGAAUCCCGGACUUUCCGAUGAACUCCCCUGGGGAAUCCAGGAUUUCCUUUCGGUGGCGUUCUUCGCCUCUCUAGUGAGCCCAGGCAUCUGGACUUGGUCUGCAUUGUGGUUUUUAGUCCCCAUCCGUCGGCGCACCUGGAAAAAAAGAUGGCACUGGAACGUCAAAAACGGCGACAUUCGCGUGGCUUUCUAAAGUGACCGAAAGACAUUCAAGCCCGUCGGGAGAGCUAAUCCAUUUGUUUAGUAGGGUACGUUGUUGGGCUAGUUGGUUCAUCUUAGUUAAGCACAUAAAAUAGUGCUGAUUUCACUAUUUUAUAUGUUUAACUAAUCCAUUUGUACUUUGAGUGAAGGAUCUCCGACGAGACAAUAAUGCGCACGCAAAUGUUUACAGAAACGUCACCUACGAGAGCCCUACUAUCGAGGAAACAGGUUGAAGGUUCGAAAUCUACUUGUUUUUUUAACUUGAAAACAUUAACUGUCCCAUGGAGCGAACCGGUGUCAUCAGCUUUUGAAGCCUCGCAAUCGACACCUAAACUUCCCUGUCCCAUGGAGCGAAGCCUGUAGUCUGUAGCAGCGAAUUGAUAGAUUAGAUAAAUUCCCAUUGGCUGCCACACUUCAUCGUUUAACUGUCCCAUAGCGAACCGGUGUCAUCAGCUUCUGAAGCCUCGCAAACGACACCUAAACUUCCCUGUCCCAUGGAGCGAAGCCUGUAGUCUGUAGCAGCGAAUUGAUAGAUUAGAUAAAUUCCCAUUGGCUGCCACACUUCAUAGUUUAACUGUCCCAUAGCGAACCGGUGUCAUCAGCUUUUGAAGCCUCGCCAAACGGCACCUAAACUUCCCUGUCCCAUGGAGCGAAGCUUGUAGUAGCGAAUUGAUAGAUUAGAUAAAUUCCUAUUGGCUGCCGCACUUCAUAGUUUCAAGGAAUGCCACCCCACAGAGAAACCCUCUCAAAUGGCGCUGGGGUGCCGAGGAUGGCACGCGCUCGGCCGCCACUCUCGUGUCAGGCGUCGCCAGAGAGGGGGGCUGCCACUUCUGCUCCUUUCGACGCUGAGGAACAUGGCUGUACUCGAAGCAUCUAUAUUGUCGGCGGCCUCGACCUCGGCAGUAGCGAAACGUGGCCGUCCAUGCCAGUACACCGCAGACGAACUAAGGGAGCGGAAGGACGAGAACUCGUAAGAACUGUCUGUUUGUUCUCCCACUGAAAACCACUAGUCAUGGCUGCCUCUCCUUUUUUUUUCUAAACUUGAGGAAAUGAGUUGAGAGGCCGGGCCGUUGUAGGCCGAGCCGAGCCAAUCCUUGGAGUCUCUUUCUUGCCAUUUCGAUUUCGACCAAUGGGAGCAGAGUUGCACAGACGACUUGCAAGCCGUACCGUCCAAUGUGGAGCCCUGGUGUUUGGAGAAGUUGUCGUCUGCACGUAUUCUUAUUAUCUCUUUUGCUCUUGCCGCGGUUGGUCGGGCCCCGUCGCCGUCUCUUCUGAGAAAGCGAGAAUAUUUUUGUUGCACGAUUUGCAUUGGUCAGAAGACGACGACGACAAAGCUCUGCCGCCCAAGGCUUGCGGCACUGAGGAGGUUCUUGUGCCGCAUUGUUUACUUUCUACGCAACUUUAUGCUUGUCGAGAAUGAAGGAUUGCCCCAAUUGUGCUAGUACUACCUAAUAUAUAAGUGAGGAGAUUAACCUCUAGCCCUCUUUUUGAUGGUCGUGGUUUGCGAAUGAUGCGGAGCGUUAAACAAGCGCUUCUCUUUGGGUGUUUUUUGUUUACAUCUUUGUGCGCGUAACUCUGUGCCAGCAAUUGCAGUGUCGCGAGCAAUCCUUGUUGCAUCGGGGUUUAUUGACACCAAGAUUCUCAUCAAAUAUCGUACACUUCACAAAGAAUAAAAAAAAAAAAAAGCUUCCUCACUAGAAGGUUUAGUUACACGAAAGACAUUGAGCCUUCAAACGUUUUUCACUGUUGACGCGAAAGCACGUUUGACGGGCGUCUUUUGCACGAGCAGCGAGCGAUCAGCACGAAAUGUAUAUAAGCCCAGACUCUAUUAAGACUGUAUCAAUGAAGCAGUGACCUGAUGGCCGGCAGAAGUCGGUCAACAUUGUUCCAAAUGCCACCAACCUCACAAAGCUCGUUUAUGAAGAAGUUGUGCUCGCGUACGAGUGACAUUGCGCAUUGUUCCGAGCACGCUUGUGCAAAGGAAGAAAAUCACUUGAUCUGUGUGUGUGUGUGUGUCAUUUUAGCGCCAAGCAAAGCGUUUCUUUGUUUCUUCCAUCCACAUACGAGGACGUUGUCCAUUCUCAGCGAGAUCACCGGCAUAAGCGUGCAUGUCCACCCUUUUCAUCGGAUUCAAGCUGGCACUGUUUGGCAUGUUGCCAUCUAGAUCCGACUUGUUGCAGAGCACUUUUAUAUAUCUGAGCAGGGAGAAGUGUGCCUCGCUUCGGCGUGGCACAGUGUCGCGAACUCAGAAUAAAGAAAAGAAUGUUGAAACUCU